ACACACACACACACACACACACACACACACACACACACACACACACACACACACACACACACACACACACAUACACACACACACAUCGCACAUGGGUAAUUGGGGAAGUCGGGAACGGGAUGGCCCUGCUGGGAGGGAGCUCACAUCCAGCACCCACUACUUUAUGCACCUGGCACUGACGCCAGCAACAGCGAAAUCACACCAGCUACAACUACACCAACAGCAGCAGCAACAUGGCGUGGAGGAUGGCAUGCGGGCCACGCUGUCGUCAUCAGCGACAUCCUCGCCCGCGUCGUCGCUGUCACGGCCCGGCCGCCCCCUGCCGCCCUUGCCACAACGCAGCUCCAGCCCUUCCAUGGAGAGCAUGUCCAUGAUGUCCAUGAUGUCCGUAUCCACGACACGGUCUUCGGCCAUCAGCGACGUGUCAACCUUUGAGCUGUACCGCGCACCGGUGGCGUGUGUUGGCGGCAGCUUCCGGCCCGGCGCAUCGAUCGACCCCAUGCGGGAGACGCCGUACUUUGACGUGCGGCCGCACCACCAGGAGGUGCACGUGCCCACUAGUGAAUCGCACAUGCACGUGGACAAGGUGUCGUACUUUAUGCUGGAGCCGCACCCGGGCUGCCGGAUAGCGCUGAAGAAGGCGAAGAUUGUGCUGCCGCUGACGCCGUCGCCAUGCUUUGCCAUUGUGGUGCAGAGCAAUACCUACACGACCAACGUGCGCCGGGAGGGGCGGGCGAUGCAUGUGGAGCUGAUGAAGCCCAACGGCGACUGCAUCAUGUAUGCGCGUUUCUACACGCUGCGCGACCCCUCGGCCUCGUCACUGUCCCUCCCACUGCCAGGGACAAGGCGCAGCAGCACCAGCAGCAGUGGCGGCAGGGGCGGUGGUGGUGGCGAUGGUCCUCGCAAACACCGGCACACGUUUGAGGUGCGGACGACGCAGGAGAGCGUGCUGCUUGCACGUGCACAGGGCCAUAUCCAGCGUGGGUUUGACGUGCUCGUGUCGGACUUUGUCACGGCAGACCACCCCAUGUACAGCGUGGUGUUGGCCUUCCUCAUCACGGUGCUGCUGUGCAAGAUGCACACGCGGCCCACGCGCCGCCAGCAGCGCCGCUUACAGCAGCAACAACAGAAAGAACACCAACAGCAGCAGCAGCAGAGGUUGGCGGAGGAGGGGAAGCGAAGGCCCUCGCAGCCGCAGCCUUCGACUGAUGAGCAAGGGCAGGAUGAUGCGCGGUUACAGCGGCACGGCAGUCACAUCUCUACUGCUUCCUCCAUGGCAGAGUCGGCAGACUGACCGUGGCAAUGAUAUGCGCGCGCGUGUGUUUGUGUGAUUGAGUGAUUGAUUGAUUGAGUAAGUGAGUGUGUGAGAAUGUGUGUGUGUGUGAGUGUGUGUGUGUGUGUGUCAAGUGUGUGUGUGUGUCAAGUGUGAGUGAGUGAUUGAUUGAGUGAGUGAUUGAUUGAGUGAUUGAUUGAGUGAGUGAGUGAGCGAGUGAGUGAGUGUGUGUGUGUGUCCACGAGCGUGUAUGUUCAUGUGUAUGUGUUUGAUGACUCGAAGCCGGUUCUUUGGGCGAAUUUGGUCUUGGCGACAUUCCUGCGUUCGUUGGUGGUUCGUUGUGUAUCGCGCUCUUUGUCUGCAUACGCAAAUGAGUGCCAGACUUGGGUGCGUCAGUGUGUGCUUCUUGGUUGUUGUUCUUCUUGGCGGUUGUCAUGUCACCUGCCUGCGGAGUGUGCUGAUGCUGGGUUCAUUGGCACGUGUUGAGGUCCUGCCCCCCUCCCCUUUCGUUGCUCGAUGUCAGCGGUGAGCGUAUCACUCACUGGCUCUAUCCAUUUCCAAAUGUGUUGUGUCGUUGUGCUGCGUUGACAUGUGGGUUGGUGUAACUUGUAAGGUCUCUAUGUGACUUGUCUCUAUGUGACUUGUCUUAAUGUAAACUUUUUCCGUAUUUAAUGUGUGGCUACUUUCCUUCGUAUCUCACUCAAGCAAUCAAUCAAAGCAAUAGACAGCAACAGCAC